CCUGCACUCAGUCAGACUGGUUUCAUCCUGGUGCCAGAUCACAGUGGGAAAAAACAGAGCUCAGUACACAUCAGAUAUAAAAGAACAUGCCAGACAGCAUUCUGGAGGAGAUUUUUGUAAAACGGUCCCAGCAGAAAAAGAAGACCUCACCUUUAAACUUCAAAGAAAGGCUGUUUGUACUCACGCAGGACAAGAUAUCCUACUACGACUAUGAUGCCGAAAAAGGGAAGAGGAAAGGCCUGAAAGGUUAUGUGGACACUGAAAAGAUCAAAUGUGUGGAGAUUGUUUUACCAGAAGACAGCGCACCUCCUGACCGACUCUAUCCAUUUCAGAUAAUCUAUGAUGAAGGUCCUCUUUAUGUAUUUGCUAAGUCAGAUCAAAUUCGAAAGCAAUGGAUAAAUGAGUUAAAAAAUGUGGUGCGAUUCAACAAGGACCUUAUACAGAAGUAUCACCCGUGCUUCUGGGAAGAUGGCAUAUGGAAGUGUUGCCAGCAGGAAGUGAAGCAGGCAAUGGGCUGCAGGGUGCUGGAGACCAAAAAUGGAGGUUCCAAUAAAGAUGGUGGUUUUUUGGUGAGAGACUCUGGCAGAUUCACUGGAAAAUACACUGUCUCUGUGUUCACCAAGGCUGGUGGGGAGACUGCUGGCAGCUGCAGACACUACAACAUAUGCGUCACCACAGAAGGCCAGUUCUAUUUAGCGGAGAAGCACAACUUCAGCAGUAUCCCAGAACUUAUUAAUUACCACCAGCAUAAUGCAGCAGGUCUGGUGAGCAGACUAAAAUACAUUGUGUCAGAUCGGGCUCGGAAUGCUCCCUGCACUGCUGGUCUGGGUUAUGGAAGUUGGGAGAUCGAUCCUCGUCAGCUUACAUUUAUCAGAGAACUUGGUAAUGGUCAGUUUGGAGUGGUAAAGUAUGGGAAAUGGCAAGGCCGUCAUGACGUGGCCAUCAAAAUGGUUAAAGAGGGCUCAAUGUCAGAGGAUGACUUCAUUGAAGAGGCCAAGGUCAUGAUGAAACUGUGUCACGGAAACCUGGUGCAGCUCUAUGGUGUCUGCACAAAACAAAGACCCAUCUACAUAGUCACAGAAUAUCUCGCCAAUGGAUGUCUGCUGAAUUACUUACGGGAUGUUCUGCAGCACCCCUCGAGUAUUCUGCUCCUUGAGAUGUGUAAAGAUGUCAGCGAGGGCAUGGCCUACUUAGAGGCCAAUCAGUACAUCCACAGAGACCUGGCUGCCAGGAACUGUUUAGUAGACUCAAAUGGAACCAUUAAAGUGACUGAUUUUGGAUUGUCCAGGUAUGUUCUCGAUGAUGAAUACACCAGCUCCGUAGGUUCAAAGUUUCCAGUGCGCUGGUCGCCUCCUGAAGUCCUCCUUUACUGCAAGUUCAGCAGCAAGUCAGAUAUCUGGGCAUUUGGUGUUUUGAUGUGGGAGGUGUACACUUUGGGCAGAAUGCCAUAUGAUCGGUGGAACAACACAGAGAUAGUUGAGAAAAUUACUGCAGGUCAUCGGCUUUACCGCCCACAAUUGGCCAAUGACAAAGUUUAUUCCAUUAUGAACAACUGUUGGCAUGAGAGACCAGAUGAGCGGCCCACAUUCAUGGAUCUUGUCAUGACCAUCAAGGAUUUGCUUUUCAAUAUGUAACAGACACAGCUACUGUGCAUCCUUGGACAUUAAGGAUACAGCCCAUCAGACGCAAUAGUCUUGUGUAUGGCAUGGCAAGAAUCAUUAUUAUUAUCAGUCUUGAAUAACCUUCUUAAUUUCUUUCAUCUAAGGAACCCAAUAAAAUAAUAAAUUAGUAUGAGUUUAAAAUGUUACAAGAAAAAAAGGAGAUUGGAAUGUGAUUUCUCAUGUAACAUUGCAGUUUUUACUU